GUUUGCCACAAUGAUGAAGGAAAGUCCUAAAAGUAUUGAUAUCACCGACGUUCUAAACCUCGCCACGCUGGACGUCAUCCUCAGGUGUGCUUUGUCGUACGGGGGCGACAUACAGAGGCAAGAGAAGCAUCCAUACGCCACAGCCGUACACAGGAUAGGGCUGUUAAUGAUAAGAAGACUAAUGUACCCCUGGCAGUUCCUGUCCUGGACACUCUAUAUGAUGUCCGCUGACGGGCAAGAAUACAAACGUCAUCUGGAUUACGUCCAUGGAUUUGCCGACGAUCUGAUAGCGAAACGAAAGAUAGCUUUGGCAGAAGAUCCGUCGUUGUUGGAAAGAAAACAUAGACUUGAUUUCCUAGACAUCUUAAUGACAGCUAAAGACGAGUCCGGAGUCGGAUUGACGGACCAGGAAAUCCGUGAUGAAGUGGACACUUUCAUGUUUGGUGGUAACGACACAACUUCAACAGCACUUAAAUGGGCCGUGUAUAACCUUGGAAAGUAUCCGGAUGAGCAAGACAAAGUUUACCGAGAGGUGUGUGACGUCACGGGAGACCGGAAAUACAUUGAAUGGGAGGAUCUGGGAAAGUUACAGAGAAUGACACUGUUUAUGAAGGAGAGCAUGAGGCUUUACCCUCCUGCCACAAUUACCACCAGGCUUAUCAAUGAACCCCUAGAACUAGAUGGUGUUUACUUUCCGGCCGGAACUUCUGUCUCGGUCAACUUUUACUAUAUACACCGUCACCCAGAUGUCUAUCCUGACCACAGUGUAUUUAGACCUGAACGUUUUCUCCCUGAGAAUUCCAAAGACCUCGAUCCCUACGCGUUCCUGCCUUUUUCUGCUGGUCCCAGGAACUGCAUAGGACAAAACUUUUCUAUGAAUGAACAGAAAGUGAUCUUGUCGCGGAUACUAAAAAGGUUCAAAAUCAUUUUGGACGAGGACCACGAGGUUAUCCCAGUAAACGAGUUAACAUUCCGAUCAAGGAAUGGAAUCAAAAUACGUUUUGAGGAGAGAGGACUCCAUACAAAUAUUACCGACGUCGGGAGAAGUUAUUAAUUAUCAUUUAUCUUGUUUAUGGCGACAGAAGUUUAUCAAUCUCGAUUUUCUUCGAUCUCUGAGAAGAAUCAAGAUAUCAUUUUCUGAAUUGGGCAAGAUAUAUAUGUACGCCCAUGGAACAGUCGACUCGGUAUUGACAGUCAGAAUUAUUUUCCUUAGAACAGAGAGUUUUUAAAAAAAUCAACCAAUAAACAAAUCAUAAUACAGUUUCUAUUUGAAGAAACAUAUCAUGUCUCUUCCCUCGUGGUUUAUAGUCAUGAGUUUAUAUCUGAGAGUAGCGUGUCAACUCUGUCUGCAACCACUGGCACCAAGCUCGCCCACUCGGCGGAUACUUGCUCGACUUCCGAAUAAAGAAUCCCUUUCGAUCAGUUUCCUCGAGGAAUAAAAUUUUACAUAAUCUCUAACAUUUAGUUCAUUCACGCUACUUACACCUGGGUAGAGGUGUUCUAUAAUAAACUACACUUAAUACUCGAUUAUGUUUUAUCUCUCUGUAAGUGAGAGUGAAUGUUAAAGUCGGUUGACUUGUUCAUGACAUUGCUAAACUACAGUCUUUCGUGUCAAUUUGUACUGUGAUUUGUGAUCUCAGUCUUUCGGAAAGGUUGUAGUCAUACAAAAUAGCUAAGAUUUCCAGAGAAUGAAACCCGCGUGAUGAGGUCUCCCACUCAGCCUAUCUUAUAUAUUUUGUCACCUAUGUUAUCAUGUAGAUCAACGAGUAUUUAUGCUAAUUAGGUCUGACAUUGUGUCCUGUUUUCAUAUUUCGUUGCUCCCGUACACUAUAAUCACCAGUAAACAUGUAAUUAAAGUGCAUCUUUGCAACUUAUGCAUUCUAAGUCACGCGUUUUUAAAUGUUGUGUAUCAUUUUAUCCUCGGCGUCGGAUCUGUGUUCUAUGUAUGUCAAUAUGUUUUUUUCUAGAUGUAACGACAAUAUAUCUCUGUGGCAAUUUGUUUCUCGGGAAGCUGAGAAACAGGCUUGUCUUUGCUGUCGUGGUUGUGUCAUUGGGCAUGCCAUUUUUACAGUAAUUGCACUGUUUGGCAUGUGGCGGGACUCCCGUAUGUUGUUCAGUGCGGUAGUCACCAACUACUACAAUGAGACACCGCCUCAAAAUAACCUUACCUCUUCACGGGGCGAUGAAGCAAACAAAAUGUGGCGAACAUAUUCUUAUUUAUUUUUACAUUUCAUUUUAUGAUCAAUUGUUAUUUUUGUACAUUUAUAUAUCUUUCUUCGGUUAUAUUAGUAAAGGAGGAACAGGGGUAUCGAUGAUGAUAGAUUUCAUAGUUUAGAGGCAACCUAGUCAGGUAUAGUGAUGAAGGUUUCAAAUAUGUAAUUGGAGACCUUAAUUCGAGUACAGGUAUUAGGCAUGAGUCUAUUUAAAAUGGCCAUCCAACUCUCCGUCGAAACGUAAUGAAUAUGUUGGAAUGUUUUAAUUACAAUAAAA